AUGACAAAUACUUGCUACACCAAUGUAGAAUGUGUGAAGUCAACUACCCUUAACCCAUCCAUUCGGCAGUGGCUAAUUUUGUGCGAUUCCAGUAUUCGGUGUCUGCAGCUGCUGGGCUGGACUGUUGAAUUGUGCCACGCAACACGCCGUACUCCAUUGAAAAUCAUCACACUGAGGAACCGACGGCACCACCAAAGAGUUGCCAUCAGGACCUAUAUACGUUUGGAAAUUUGCAGUCCAUGUGCGAUGGAAGUUAUUCUGCAAUUAGUUUUAAUUGUAAUACCGACCUUUAUCCGGGCCGAAGCCAUCGAUGUCACUGCUGGCGAACGGAAUGGCACAAUCGUCACCAGCAGGAAGAGCUCAAAUAAUGGUUCUUCGAUGGGGAUCAAGAACUUUGGGUUAACUAAUGGGAGGCAACGAUUUGCCAGCUACGAAAGAGAUUUAGUGAUAGACGCAAUAGAAGCGGCAGAAUAUCCUGCCGAAAUUCAUGUGGUCACAACCAAGGAUGGUUAUAUCCUCAAACUGCACCGAAUUCCGGAUCCGGCUUUUGAGGAGGAUUUGGACUCCUCGAAUGACACGUUGGGAUCCGUUUCUUCGAACAUUCUGGAUAAUGGUGGGGGCUGCCGAGGUGUCGUUCUGCUCAUGCAUGGAAUAUUCUCGACUGCGGCCGAUUUCGUCGUAACCGGACCGGAAAGUGGGUUGGCAUUUGUACUGGCCGAUGCGGGGUUCGAUGUUUGGAUGGGAAAUGCUCGAGGGACGCGUUUCUCGAGAAAGAGCCUGCAUCACACUCCGAAGGAUGCGGCUUUCUGGGACUUCAGCUGGCAUGAAAUCGGCGUCGGAGAUUUGCCUGCCAUGAUUGACUACAUUUUGCGCCAAACGAAUCAGCGCCAAUUGUUCUACGUAGGCCACAAUCAAGGCGUUACGGCGUUGCUGGCACUGCUUUCGGAGAAACCCAAAUACAAUCGGAAAAUUUCCAUUGCUACCGGAAUGGCUCCCGUUGCCUAUCUCGGCAAUGGCAAUAACGAAAUCGUGAAGAACCUCGCCAUGUUCAACGACCAGCUUUGGAUGACGCUCAGUUCGUUGAAAAUAUUUGAGCUCACGCCGACGGAGAACGCUCUCCAAUUCGUAGGAAACAUAAUUUGUUCUGGCAAUGCACCCACGCGUACAGUUUGCAACGAUCUGCUGGUGGAAAUGUUCGGAUAUUCCUCGGAACAAGCCAGACUGUUGCUGCCGGGGCUUCUCGACAAUGCACUGUCAGGAAUUUCCACGAAACAGCUCGUUCACUACGGGCAAUUGAUUCAAACGAGGAAAUUUCAGCAGUUCGAUUACAAAAACUUUUUAACCAACAUGAAACGUUAUAAACAGGCCAAACCGACGGAGUACGACUUGUCGAAGGUGACUGUUCCGUUCAUCUUGUAUUCUGGUAGCAAAGAGUUUUUCACUUCAUUGACGGACUUCCAAAGACUGGUAAAGAAUCUACCAACAGUGCAGUCCCAAUCAGAGUUACCCGGAUGGGGUCACCUUGAUUUCAUAUACAACGCCCAAGUUUACUUGAAAGUGUACAGUAAGAUCAUAGAAGCAAUGCAUAGUUCCACCUCAAAGGACGGUGCUAAUGGUCAAUAAAGAAAUUAAAAUAUUUCAGAUUGGAUAUUGGUUUAAA